AUGUCCAUUGAAACAGCUGUUAUAAGCCAACCGAGGCUAGCCCACACAGCCAGUUGUGAGCUCAACGACUUCAAUCAACCAUCAGCUAGCCGGUCCGGCUUAGAAACUCAGCAACAGUCUCAACCAGUGAUACCAAAAGUUCAAAUUCUCGCGGCCGGCUUUUCAUUCUUUUGCGCCGGCGUUGACGGUGCCACCCUCGGACCCCUCCUUCCGUACAUCAUUCAGUCCUUCAGCAUUAACGCCAGGGAGGUAGCGAUUAUUUAUGCGUGCAUUUUUGCAGGAUGGGUCAUCGCCGCAGUUACCAAUCUCUUUCUUACCAGCAAACUCUCAUUCUCAGUGCUCUUGACACUGGGUGCUACUCUCCAGCUGCUAGCACAAUGUCUGCGUCCGUGGGCGACUAAGCCACUGUUCUUUGUGAGCUUCACAGUCCAGGCCGUCGGCAUGGGCUACCAGGACACUCAUGCCAAUGCUUGGGCGGGUGGACUGCCACAGGCUCAUCGUUGCCUCGGGUUUAUCCAUGCCAUGUUUGCCCUGGGCUGCCUUGUCGGGCCAUUGACGGCCACUGCAAUUGCUACAGCCACAGGUUCAGGGCAUUCACAAAAGAAUGGCAUUGAGGCCUGGAGGAUGGGUUAUUUUCAACUCAUAGGUAUUCAUGCCCUCAAUCUCAUCUGUAUGCUCCUUGCUUUUGGCAACCCAUGGAAGAAACGAAUAACACGGGAGCCGUCAAUGCCUCUAGCUCCCGCCACAGCUGCUGUUGAUCCUGAAGUACUUGAACGACGUCGUAACAAAGAGGCAAUUCGAGACGUGGGGCAGUUGUUGAGGAUGAAGAGUUUCUGGCUUAUUGGUGGCUUCUAUCUAUUCAAUUGCGGCGCUUGGUCGGCUGCUGGAGGCUGGGUGGUGGAAUACCUCGUGUCCCAUCGGAAUGGCGCUCUUGACAAGGUUGGCUACGUGCCCACCGGUUUCUGGGCUGGUCUUUUUCUCGGUCGUCUACUCUUAGCUGAGCCUACGCAUCGCUUUGGCGAGCAACGGUCUAUCAUGUGCCUGAGCGUUAUUUGCCUAAUGUUUCAUCUCUUAUUCUGGCUUGUCCCGAACCUUGUUGCGGGCGCUGUGGCUUUCUCGUUUAUGGGGUUCUUUUUUGGUCCCUUCUUCGCGACUGGUAUGAGCGUCGUAUCUCGACUCUUCCCUCGCAAAAUUCAGUCCACAGCUUUGGGUCUCGUUUUCGUACUGGCCCAGGCUGGAGCGGCCAUAUUUCCGUCAAUUACAGGUCUCAUAGCUACCAGGGUCGGCGUACAGGUGCUUCAGCCGGUAAUCCUUGGCCUAAUCAUAGGUGGUGGUGUCUGCUGGUGGUUUAUUCCGAAAGUACCAGACCAUAUCGAUGGAUCAUCAGACUAG